GUGAGGGCGGUGUGAUGUAGGCUGGUGUUUCUGUGCAGAUGGUGUUUAUAUCUGCUGGAGCUGGAGCUCGUGGACGCGGAUGCUGCGUCGGUGCUCGCUGAGUGACCGACUCUGACUCACGCUGCCGGGCGCUGAGAUGCUGAUGAGAGGACGACGCUUCUUAACAUCCUCCCGUGUCGUGGAUGGAGAGCGAAGCCUGAACAGCUGAGCGACGGUAGAUCGGGAGCAACAGGCCGGAUCGUUUCAGUCCGGAACCGAGGAGGAGUGACACCAUCAGCGGCGUUGGAAGCGACAUGUUCUGAGAGGGGAGCCCGGCGAGCGGCGGCGGCUGGCGGGGAUGAAGACGCCGAGGCAGACGCGCCUCCUCCCGCGGUUCUGUGUCUGUGGAGUCGGUCUGAUCACAGCCGCUUGGAUCUUUCACCUGAAUGAUGUGACAGGUUUACAUGGACCUACAGGGGAUCCUGACAUCUUGUUCAAGAGAGAGCUCACCCAGCAAACAGAAGCCAACAACCAAAAUGACAGCAUUUCUAGAUCCGCUAUCAGUGAGUUCCCUGAAGACAUCUUCACUCUGGAGCAGAGGAGACAAGGAGCAGUCCUCCUCCAUGUUCUCUGUGCUAUCUAUAUGUUUCAUGCACUGGCCAUCGUGUGUGAUGUUUACUUUGUACCAUCACUGGAGAAAGUAUCAGAGAACCUCCAGCUCAGUCAGGAUGUUGCCGGGGCAACCUUCAUGGCAGCCGGGAGCUCUGCACCCGAGCUCUUCACCUCAUUGAUUGGGGUGUUUAUUACAAAGGGAGAUGUGGGUGUGGGAACUAUCGUGGGCUCAGCUGUCUUUAACAUCCUGGUCAUCAUCGGCAUCUGUGGCAUCUUCUCCAAACAGAGGCAGAGGCUGAUUCGGUCUCGGGUUGGCCUAGAGGAGGGGGCCGCUUCAGGGGAGGAGGGUUCGGGUGCUAGCGGUCUAAGGGGCAGGGAGAACGGGUCGGUGGCUGAGGGAGACAGGCAGACGCUGGAGGGAGAGAGGGAGAUGGGUAAAGAAGUGGCAGUUGGGACGAGUGGGGGAGCACUUUCUAAAGAGGAAGAGGAAGAGGAGGAAGAGCAGGAGGAACGAGAGGAGGAGGACUCUCCAUUCAAACCCUUCAAUGUGCCAGACGGCUGGUGUAUGCGUGUGAAGUGGCUGCUCUCCUGGCCUCUGAGCGUUCUGCUUUACUUCACCAUUCCCGACUGUAGCCUGCCACAGUGGGAGCGCUGGUACCUCCUCACCUUCCUCUCCUCCACGCUCUGGAUAGCCCUCUUCUCCUACCUAAUGGUCUGGAUGGUGACGAUAAUCAGCCACACAUUUGGAAUCCCUGAAGUCAUCAUGGGCAUCACUUUUCUGGCAGCCGGCACCAGUGUCCCCGACUGUAUGGCCAGCCUCAUCGUCGCCCGACAAGGGAUGGGUGACAUGGCCGUGUCCAACUCCAUUGGCAGUAAUAUCUUUGAUGUGUUGCUGGGCCUGGGUUUCCCUUGGGCACUGAGGACUAUCAUAGUCAGCUACGGAUCAGUGGUAACAAUCAACAGCAAAGGUCUGGUGUACUCAGUGAUUCUGCUGUUGGCCUCAGUCACACUGACCGUCCUGUGCGUUCAUCUGAAUCACUGGAGGUUGGACCGCAGGCUGGGAUUCAGUCUCCUGCUGCUCUACGCCAUCUUCCUCCUCUGCGCCGUCGGCUUCGAGAGGCUGUAGAGGACACACACACACACUCCAAACAUUUUAUGAUCCAAAACUCAGACUUAGAAAAGUGGUCCAGCUGAUUUUCCACUGUCACUGCCGCCAUUAUUAAGCAUAUACAUGAGAGAUACAUUUUCAUUUCAUGUUGUAAUGGCUGUACAUGUUUGAGCAGCAUUUACACAACACCCACCGCCUGAAAAUAACAUGGUUUACCUUUGAUAAACAAGUAUUUUACAUAGUUUUGUACCAAGCACCUCCAGCUCAGAUUUUAUGAAAUCGAAUGUCUCUCAAUAAAUUUAUGAAGUAUUGAAUUUGUAUUCUGAAAGAAAGAAUAUUGAAGAAGGAACCCAAAGUGUGUUGGUUUACUUACAGUAUGAUUAACUAUUGACUGCCACAAGUAACCUCAAUGAUUAAACAUGUACAUUUAUAUAGUGUUUUCUCAGUCUGUGAAGCUACAUAAGUUUAAUGUCACGUUUUCAACAUGCCUUUGUGUGUGUAGCUGUAAAUGGCAUCGCAUGGCUGAACAACACGCUCUGGAUAAUUGCACUAAGCCCAAUUCUCUUGGCCUCAUUCAUAACAGUGAGUCAGUGUAGGAGAAAAUCUUUCAGUGUGUUUU